AGCUUGCUCUACCUCAAUUUCCCCAUCCACCCUUCCUGAUCUGUCUAUAUCUCUUGGCAUCCCAUAUACCUAUGCAGAUGCCCCCCCCCCAGCCCGGCACGCUUCCAGGUCAGACAAGACUGAUUGUCACCGACACAACCGCCUGCCAUAUACAAACCACUGAGACAUUCCGCCUCUCUACUGUAUACCAUCACUGCCUUCCCACACAACUUCAUCAUCAUGUCCGGCCACAUGCAAACCUCACAGCUUCACCGGCGUACAUCACGCAGCUCAGGCAGCCAAUCAGCAUGCCGAUCAUCUCGCGUUGAAAAGACCAAGAGCCACCACAACAGCCCAAAGAGCAUGGAGAGGAGAAAGACUACGACCGAGACCAAGCUCUACGCCUCGUUGGACGACCACUACAGAAUGAUGUUCGGUGUACCAGCCGAGGAAACUGAAGAGCGUCCCCAACCAAGCAGACCUGUGAGCUGGCACCCGUCGUCUGCACAAUUCCAGGCUUCACAACAAACGAACUACUUCGAACCCAUGCCUCAACAAGACUGGUCACAACACUACUCUCCCUCUUCCCGCGACUCUCAGCAUGGCUCUGACUUCUACUCUCUGUCCACACGCAACUCCAUGUUCGAGCCCAUGACCAGCACUCCGACAUACACCAACACUCAAUCCGAGUGUGGCUGGCAAAGCGUUCAGCCCACACCCGGCUAUGUCCACUCUUCGCUCAACACUCCCUCGGCCGAGCCUCUACCAUGGUACCUGCAGCAAUGGGCUCAAAAGAACCAAGCUCAAGCAUCCACCGACUUCCUGCCUAUCCAACAUCCUGCUCAGCAAGACCAAGAUAUGGAAGACGACGAUGGCGAAAAGCUAGUUGCACUGGGUCUUUACGAUGCACCAGAGCCUUCAUUGAGCUGGGGUGCACUUAACAACGAAGGAACUGGAAAGGGUCUCAAGCUCGAGGAGACUUGGCAGCCACCUGAGGCUGAUGAUGAAGAGGACGAAGAAGACGAUGAUGCCAGCUCUGAGGCCAGCGUCGAGGAGCCAUCUCCGCCUUUGCCGGCAGUGCACCAACAAGCCCAGCACUUGCCAGUGCAUGUCAAGGCACAAACACCGAACAACAUGGAUGGACAGAGCUUCUUCUUCGACGAAGACGAGUCGGUCUCAAAGGAGUGGUGGUUUCACCAAAUGAAGCAGCCCACGAUGCCGGUGCGGGACGCCGGACUGGGAUAUGGCUGGUUGUAAUCUAGAUGUCUGUUUCAAACGUGCGACCACGACAGAGGUCCACUGCCAUAUCUUCGAGGCGAGCAUUUUUUUUCGAGGCGAGUCCUUUCAGCACAGCGCGGCGUUUUGCAUAGUUCCGCUUGGGACUGGAAAAGAGACUUAGAGAUACCCUGCCUUUAGCGGCAAAUAGAGUGAGGCUUUGCAUCGCUCACUAUGAGGUCAGAUGAACAUGAUGUAUUAGAUAGCAUCAUCAACCAAAUCAAUCAUACUAUACCAUACUUUGGCCCAAUUUGCAGUGCUGACGAGUCUACUCUAUGAUGCUUGUGAACACAUAGUGCCCAAGGAACUCAGCAGUGAGCCGUCGACGAGAAAGGAAGGUGCAUCCCAU